AUGGAGAAAGACAUGGACGGUAUGAGGUCAGAAUUUCAUACUGUGACCGGAUGCAUCACACAUGUGUUAAAAUUUGGGUCUAUUCCGCAGAAGAUAACUGAAAAAUAUCUCUUCUUUGUAAUUCCAGGCAACCCAGGAAUUAUCGAGUAUUAUGAAUCAUUCAUGAGAUGUUUAUAUCACAGGACCGGCAGCAAGAUUCCAGUUUGGGGCAUGUCAUAUGCUGGGCAUGUUUCUCUUGGGAAUGAGGGGAGUGGAAUUACUGAAAUUAUCAAGCAGCCACCAGAAGAAUGUACUUUAUAUGGACAAAUUAGACAUAAGCUAGCUUUCAUACAGGAAGUUAUACCUGCUGAUGUUAAACUGGUGUUAAUUGGUCAUUCUAUUGGUUGUUAUAUGAUACUGCGAAUGUUAAAAUAUCUUCCUAAACAGCAGAUAAUGCGGUGUUUUCUCCUUUUUCCAACCAUAGAGAGAAUGGCGUUAUCUCCUCGAGGACAGAUUAUAACUCCUUUACUUCAGUAUUUACGUUGGAUUGCUGUAUUUUUCGUUAAAGCUGUUUCUUACUUUAGUCCUCAGAUGCAGUACCGAUUGAUCUUACGUUUUUUUAAAGGUUCCAAAGUUCCUGAAUGUGCUUUGAAUGCUUCCAUGAACUUAUUUGAUCCACAGUGUGUGAACAAAGUGACCUACUUAGCUCGUCAAGAGAUGGAAAUAGUAACAGAGUUAGACCAUGACUUGAUUUCAAAUUAUAUUUCUAAAUUAAGUUUUUACUAUGGAGCUGAUGAUCAUUGGUGCCCAAAAGAUUAUUGUUAUGAAAUGAAGAAGAAUUUUCCACAUGCUGAUAUACGCCUAUGUAAUGAAAACUUUUCACAUGCUUUUGUGUUAGAUGCUAGUCAGGAAAUGUCUAAAAUCAUCUGGGAUUGGAUUCAGAAAGAUUUACACCACAAGGCAGAUUAG